UAGUUGUAAUUUAAACGGACAUUACGAAAUAUAAAAAUACAAGAAGCAGAGCAUAAGACAUCUCCUUGAUCCAAUCUGGUGCAUCACAUAAGCAGAAGAGAGAUGGCUAUUCCAACAGUAGAUAUUUCUCCUUUCUUGAAAAACGGCGACGACCAUGGCAAGGAAAAGGCCAAAGACGUGAUCAAAGAGGCGUGCUCCGACUACGGCUUCUUCCAGAUCACAAACCACGGCGUACCCCUCCACCUCAUCGACCAAGCCAUCCAACUCUCUAGAACCUUCUUCGCCCUCUCCGACCAAGAGAAGCUCAAAUACAGCCCCGCAUCGGCCGCGCCUCUCCCCGCCGGUUACAGCAAGCAGCCCGCCCAUUCGCCCGAUAAAAACGAGUACCUCUUGAUGUUCCAGCCCCAAUCCGGCUUCAACGUCUUGCCUCCUCAUUUCAGGGAUGUUGCGGAGGAGCUGUUCCUGCAACUCAGGCAGAUCGGACAGCUUAUAGAGCAAAUCGUGAACGAUUGCCUGGGUUUGCCGGCCGAUUUCCUCAAGGAAUACAAUCGCGACCGGAGCUGGGAUUUCAUGGUGGCACUGCGCUACUUUCCGGCGUCGGAGGAUGGAAACAACGGCCUGCUCGAGCACGAAGAUGGAAAUGUCGUCACUUUCGUGAUCCAGGAUGAAGUGGGAGGGCUGGAAGUGAAGAAAGAUGGGGACUGGAUCCCGGUUGUUCCUGCUCAGGGCAACAUCGUCGUCAACUUAGGCGACGUCGUUCAGGUGUUGAGCAACAAGAAGUUCAAGAGUGCUACACACAGAGUUGUGCGAGUUGGAGAGAGGCGGCGGCACUCGAUUGCGUUUUUCUACACGAUCGAGGGGGAUAAGUGGGUGGCGCCGCUGCCGCAGUUCACGGCGGAGAUCGGGGAGGCGGCCAAGUACAGGGGAUUCGCGUACAAGGAGUAUCAGGCGAUGAGGAUGAGGAACAAGACUCAUCCGCCUGCCAGGCCUCAAGAUGCCAUCACCAUCUCUCACUACGCCAUUUCUCAAUAAUUACUUGCUUUGUCUCUUGUGUGUUGGGUAUGCUAUCAUUGUUUGUUACUACAAUGGAUAUACUUAUCUUAUCUUUUCUCCUAUUUUGAUUGGGAAUGAUCAGUUAAAAACAAAUCUAGUGAGUGUUUGUGAUGUUUGUUAA